AUGAGAAGAGCCUUUGAUAUAUCAAAGAAAAUCAACAAAGAUUUCAAUACAAGGUCGUCUCAGGAUAUAAGAUUAUACUCAACAAUUAUGCCGCUAGAUAGUAUAAGAAAAGGCGAGUUCCAUGAUUCUGGUAAGCCAUACUUAAAAGUAUCAGGGACUCCUUACGAAAUCGGGUUUCAACAUGGUGUCUUUGCAUCAAAGCAGAUUCACAGGGCAAUAGAGAUCUAUUCCAAGCUAUACAAAGAUGCACAAAAUGUUGAUUGGGAGCUUGCUCGUUCAAGAGCUUCUCGAUAUGAAGAACCUAUCAAGUCUAAAUAUCCUGAAAUAUGGGAAGAGCUAGAAGGUAUUUCGAAAGGGGCUGGGUUGGAAACAUUAGAUAUCUUAGCUUUAAAUACAAGAAGUGAAAUAACACUGGUCAAAAUAUCUGAUGGUUGUACAGCUUUAGCUCAAAGAAACAAAUCCACAGGUGAGGUUUGGGUUGGACAAAACUGGGAUUGGAUUCCUGAAAUUGAUGAAGCUACAUUCUUUUUGGAAGUUGAACAACCUGAUAAACCAAGUAUACUUAUACUUGCCGAAGCUGGUAUUAUUGGGAAAUAUGGUUUCAAUUCUGCAGGUGUUGGUGCGAUGUUAAAUGCUAUUCCAUCAAAUCAGGUUUCAUUUGAUGGGCUUCCAGUUCAUUUUGCAUUGAGAAAAGCACUAGAGCAAAAAAGUGUCAAUGAUGCAUUGGUAUAUCUUGAGAAUAAUAAGGUUUCUAGUUCUGCAAACUUCUUAUUAGCUGACCCUAAAACAUAUUUAACACUUGAAGUUAGUCCAUUGGGUAACAAAGUUAUUGAAGCUGAUGAAAAAACUGGUGCUGUUUGGCAUACUAAUCACUUUUUGGAUAAAGAUCUUGAACAAAGCUUAAGCACUGGAGAGCCAAUUCUUAGCUCAUUUGAACGUUUGGAUAGAGUCAAAGAGCUUACUGAUCCUGAUGCUGAUGCCAAUUAUGAUGUUUUCAGAGAAAGACUUUCAGAUAUCGAGAAUUCACCGCAUGGAAUUUGCAGAAUAGGAACAGGAGGGACAGGUCUAUCUGGAUGUGUUACUCUAUAUACUAUAGUUAUCAAUACUAAUAAAAAAGAAGGGAUAAUUACACUUGGAAGACCUUCUGAUAAGUCACUUCAGAAGUAUAAGUUAUACUUUGAAUGA